AUGCAAAUCUCUUUCGCCCUUGGAGCCCUGAUCUGGGUAGUCACGUCGUACAUCCUUUACGCCAUUAUCUCCAGCUUCAUCAUCUCCCGACGUCAUGCAGCCAAGGCACGAGAGCUCAAAUGCGAAGAGCCUCCGUUUGAGAAGAACCGAUGGCCGCUCGGCAUUGACAACUUGUUGCGUGCACUGGCUGCCGACAAGGCACAGCAGUUUCCCGUUGAUAUCAUCAAGCGGUUUGAGGAUCUAGGGGCACAUACCUAUAGGUACCAGAUUUUGGGAGCGAGGAAUAUCCGCACUGCCGAUCCCAAGAAUAUCCAGACUAUUCUCGCCAACAAGUUCAAUGACUUUGACGUGGGACCGUCGCGACGAGGGAACUUUCUCCCCAUGCUUGGCAAUGGCAUUUUUACGGCAGAUGGCGACCACUGGAAACAUUCAAGAGCCAUCAUUCGUCCCCAGUUCACAAGAGAUCAAGUCAGCGAUCUCAAUCUCGAAGAAACUCAUGUCCAGAAUUUAAUGAGGUUGAUCGGGCCAAUGAUUGGGUCGAACGGCUGGAUAGAGCAGAUCGACCUCUUGCCCUACUUCUUCCGUUUGACUAUUGACUCCGCCACUGAAUUCCUCUUUGGUGAAUCCGUCAACAGCCAGCUCAGACUCUUACCCGGCUACCAGAGUUCAAAACUUGGCAGCAAAGAAGAACGGUUUGCUACCGCCUUUGAUUCUGGUCAGAUGGCCCUUGCUACACGGUCACGCUUCAUGGAUUCUUGGUGGCUCUACGACUCACUAGAAUUCCGUAACUCAUGCAAAAUUGUUCACGAUUUUGUUGACCACUUUGUCCAACUCGCACUCUCCAAGGGUUUGCGGGAGAAAGUCUCAGAUACGAACAGUAGCGGCAAGGAGCAGUACAUCUUUCUCGAGGCGAUAGCUGCUGAAACGCAGAACCCGAAGGAGUUACGCUCAGAGUUGCUGCACGUCUUGCUCGCUGGUCGCGAUACUACAGCUUCACACCUUGGCUGGGUCUUCUAUAACCUUUCCCGAGACCAAGCUCGUUACAAGAAACUCCGCGACGUCAUCAUUGACGAAUUCGGCACCUACGAAAAUCCUUCCGAGAUUACCUUUGCGAAACUCAAGGCCUGCAAGUACCUCCGGUACGUCAACGAUGAAUCGCUGCGCCUCUACCCCGUCGUGCCCAUCAACGCUCGCUACGCGAACAAGGAUACGACGCUUCCCCGGGGUGGGGGCAAGGAUGGGAAUUCGCCCAUCUUCAUCCCGAAAGGCUCUUCGACCGAUUUUUCCGUGCAUGUCAUGCAUCGCCGGAAGGACAUUUGGGGACCUGAUGCGGACGAAUUCAAGCCGGAGCGGUGGGAGGGGAGAAAGGUCGGGUGGGAAUAUUUGCCUUUCAAUGGAGGUCCGAGAAUCUGCAUCGGUCAGCAAUUUGCGCUCAUCGAAGCAAGUUACGUCACGGUACGGUUGUUGCAGCGGUUCGAUAGGAUGGAGAGCUUGGAGAAGGACGCUGUUGUUGGGCAUAACUUGACAUUGAUCAACUGUAUUGCGAAUGGGGUCAAGGUGAGGCUUCAUGCUGCGGCAUAA